CUGUUCGUACAGCUGCAGUGUCCUUUCUCCCUGAGCGCAAUCUCUCUGAUUCACUCCAAACCAGACAAGGCACUGAGCUUGUCCUUCUGCAGAGUUCCCUCCUCGCUGCCUAGGUCUGGGAGGUGGACCGCCCAGCACGGAUGAGCUGUUGCUGAGGAGUCCUUCCUGGAGGGAGACAGGACGGCAGUGUCGCUCUUCUCUUCUGACUGCGCGCAUGCCUGUGGCGGCACCACUCCGACCGCCCAGCCAUUCUCAGGACUCACGUGGGAGCGCUGGAGUUGUGGAGGAGCACAAGCGAGGACUCACAGACGAACAGGAGGGGGGGGAGAGGAUUCUUGUGUCCAUGGCUUCGCUCUUAGGAUGCUUCUUCAGAGAUGCUGAUGUCUAAACGCAUGGGGCAGCUUGUGAGCGCGUGAGGAUUCUUCAGUGCUUCCUUGGGUCAUGAGCGUCAGACGGGAGGGAGUUUUUAUGUGGAAAAUUCAAGAAAGCAAAUCAGGAGUGUUGGCUCGUUCUGCUGUAGAGCUCUCAGCCCAGAGCCCAGUGCUGUGGGUAGUCAUCUAGAGGAUCUGUGUGGGAGCUUAUACACUGACCCGUGGAGGGGUGUGUGUGUGUGUGUGUGUGUGUGUGUGUGUGUGUGUGUGUGUAUGCGGAGUAGAUGGAGUAGUGGAGUUCAGCCAUGCUCUGUGGCCUCAGGAGAGAGGGGAGGACCAGCAGCACUGAUGAUGUUCCUUACUCCAAGGGGAGCAGGGAAUCCAGCCACACUGAUGGUACCCUGAUCUCCAAGAGACGUAGCAUUGCGGUAGAGGAACUACGGGGCCUGACCAUGGUGGACCUGAUGAAGAGGGAGGGCAGCAGCCUCGGCCUCACGAUCUCCGGCGGCUCUGACAAGGACGGCAAGCCCAGAGUGUCAAACCUGCGGCCGGGGGGGCUGGCGGCCAGGAGUGACCAGCUGAAUGUGGGAGAUUACAUCAAGUCGGUGAAUGGCAUCAACCUGACCAAACUCCGCCAUGAUGAAAUUAUCAGCCUGCUCAAGAACAUCGGAGAGAGGGUGGCCCUAGAGGUGGAGUAUGACCUGCCUCCAUAUGUGCCCAAUAACUCUGCUGCUGUGAUCUCUAAGACCAUUGAAGUAUGUCUUCAGAAGGAAGGCAACAGCUUUGGCUUUGUUAUGAGAGGAGGCUUUCAUGAGGACUGGCACAGGUCACGACCUCUAGUGGUGACCUAUGUGCGGCCCGGAGGCCCUGCAGACAGGGAGGGCACUCUCCGAGCAGGAGACCGUGUGCUGAGUGUGAACGGGUUGGCUCUGCACACACACAAACACGCAGACGCCCUGACCGUGCUGAUGCAGAGCAACCAGGAGUCCUUCUUUCUCAUCGAGUAUGAUGUCUCCAUCAUGGACUCCGUGAAGCAGGCCUCAGGGCCUCUGUUGGUGGAGAUUCCAAGGCCUGCGGGCUCAACACUGGGGGUCAGCCUGACCACUGCCCUCUACAGAAACAAGCAGGUCAUCACCAUAGACAAGAUCAAACCAGCCAGCGUGGCCGAAAGGUGUGGGGCACUGCAUGUUGGGGAUAUUCUCCUGUCCAUUGAUGGGACAAACACGGAGCACUGCACCUUAAUGGAGGCACAUCAGCUGCUGGCCACCAGCACAGACGUCACCAAACUGGAGAUCCUCCCAGCCCAUCAGGACCCAGUGCGUGUGCAGAAGAGUAGCCAGCGCCAGUGGGAGCCCAGUGUGAGCUAUCCGCAGCCAGGCCACCAGACGGUACAUGGCAAAGCCACAGCAUCUCCCUGGUCCGUCCAGGGCAGCCAUGGCACACCCGGGCCGCCUCACGGCCACCUGGUCCCCCCUGACCACAGCAAGACUCUGCCGCCUAGCAGCUACUCGCCGUCCUCCACGAACACCUCUGGCUACCACAGCCAGAACAGCAGUGCUCAGACUACAUAUCCCAGUGGUUCUCAGCCUCAAUAUCCCAGCAAUACCUACCCCUCUAGCCCCCGUAGUACAGUGACCAGGAGAAGGCAAAGAAGGAAGGACCACAAGAGCUCACUGUCUCUGGUCUCCAGUACGGUGGGCCCAGGGGGGAAUGUGGUGCACAUCGAGACCAGCGAGGUGACCCUGAGAGGAGACCCCCUGACCGGGUUCGGCAUCCAGCUACAGGGGGGGGUGUUUGCCACCGAGACCCUCUCUGCCCCCGCCUGCAUCCGCUUCAUAGAACCUGACAGUCCCGCCGAGAAGUGUGGGGUAAUCCAAGUGGGAGACAGGUUGCUGUCCAUCAAUGGAAUCCCCACAGAGGACGGGACCCUGGAGGAGGCCAAUCAGCUGCUUAGAGACACCGCACUGGCCACUAAGGUCACUCUGGAGAUUGAGUUUGACGUUGCUGAGUCGGUGGUGCCGAGCAGUGGCACGUUCCACGUGAAGCUCCCCAAGAGGCGCGGUGUGGAACUGGGCAUCACCAUCAGCAUAAGCAAAAAGCCUGGACAAGCUCUGGUCAUUUCUGAAAUCAAGAGAGGAAGUAUUGCUCACAGGACGGGGACUCUGGAGCCGGGUGAUCGGCUUCUGGCUAUAGAUAAUGUACGUCUGGAGAAUUGUGGGAUAGAGGAGGCCAUGAAAGUCCUCCAGCAGGCUGAAGACAUGGUCAAACUCUGGAUACAGAAAGAUGAGGACAACACAGAGGAGCUGGAGAUGUCCGACUCCAUUAUGUACACGGUGGAGCUGAAGCGCUAUGGAGGCCCAUUGGGCAUCACCAUCUCCGGCACCGAGGAGCCCUUUGACCCCAUCCUCAUCGCAAGCCUCACCCGCAACGGCCUGGCGCAAAGGACAGGCGCUCUGCAUGUGGGGGACCGCAUCCUGGCCAUCAACAAUGUUAGCCUGAAGGGGAAGCCACUGAGUGAGGCCAUUCAGCUGCUGCAGACGGCUGGAGAGACGGUCACCCUCAAGAUCAAGAAGAGAGCUCAUCAUGUCAGUGGUCUGAGUGACACAGAGGAUGACCAGUCAGAGAGAGCUGCUACCCUCCCGGAGCUCAACCCCUUGAACAUAGCUGGCCUGGACUCUGUGCUGGAGUCCUGGAACAGCUCGGGCAUCGACCCCGGAUACGACAGCCAGGGCACAUACAUACACAGGACGGCUGAUCUGACCCUCCACCCCCACGAAUGGAGACGCACCAAACACAGGAGUCCACUCCGCUCCUCAGGUCGAUCGCACCACACCCAAGCAUAUGAUGGGAGAUUAGGUGAAGACGAGUGGAGCAAACACUUGGGAUCCCUCAGUCCCGUGCGUCGCCGUGGUAACGGUGAUAAUCAGGCGAAUUUCUGGUCGCAAGCGUUGCAGGAUCUGGAGACGUGCGGGCAGUCAGGGAUCCUCAGAGAGCUGGAGGCCUCCAUGAUGUCUGGCAGCAGCCUGAGUCUGGGAACAGAUGACACCUGUGAGUCACAUGACUGCCUUCCCCUGCGCAAGGUCUCUGCUGCUCCACCUAAGCCCAAGAGAAGCUCCUGGGCGGGUGUCACGGAGAAAGAGGAUCUGAAAGACAUGCCCUCUGCCUCACCUCUAGAACUGCUGAAGGUGAUCCUACAGAGAGACCCAGAGAUGCGUGACUUUGGCUUCAGUGUGUCAGAUGGUCUGCUGGAGAAGGGCGUGUAUGUGAACAUGAUCCGCCCUGAUGGUCCUGCCCACCAGGCAGGCUUGCAGCCUUACGACCGCAUCCUACAGGUGAACCAUGCACGCACGCGGGACUUUGACUGCUGCCUGGUUGUGCCUCUCAUCAGCGAGGCUGGAGAGCAUCUCAACCUCGUCAUCAGCAGGAACCCCCUCACUCAGGCACACCUUUGGCCACCUCAGGACUGUGAGGACCCUUCAGGCUCAGCACUCCUCUAUCCUCAGCACAGGCCCAAUGCUGUGCAGCUAUGAGAGCCUAAAAGUGAUUUCCACAAGCACAUGCACUCCACACCGGCCCCCAUACCACACGGCAGCUGACUACAACUGAUCUGACUUUGAUCUGGUGUGGAUUGGAUCUGAUUGGUCUGGGGCUAGAUCAGGGCAAGUAUGUUUCACAAUUAGCUGCUUUUACGUUCCAAAGUCCAGGAUAAUCCCACAGGACCCUCACGAAAUAGUUUUUAAGAGUUGGUUAACCACAGAGCUUCUCUCUACAGCCUGUUAUUUUGUGCACAUUUGGAAUUUGGUACAAUGUCUUUUUUUCUUUAUUGUUCUUCAAUUCACUCCCUCCUGUUUUUACACAGUUUAUGGCCGUUUUCUUUCAGGGUUUUGCACAUGGCACUACAUCUGUUCCGUUUUGCUCGUGUCACUCUUCACUCUCAGCACCACGAUUCUGUUUGUGUUUGUUUUUUCCCUCAUUUUAUUUUCACAAAUCUUGAUUAGGUCGUUUAAAUUAAACCUAAAAUCCACCUCUACCCAGUCCGCUCACACCACAUAAAAAACCCAAACCAUGUGUCACCAAAACACCCCCCGCCCCCCUCCCAAACACACACACACACACACACACACACACAUACUUUAACCUCACCCAAAUGUCUAAAUUGUAAGUGUUAGAACAUGCUUAUAUACCUGGUCUGAGCCUGUACGUGAGAUUAUGACUACUGUAUGGCUGUGAUUGGUUCUUUUUUUUUUUUAAUGUUUUUAUAAAGUCAUUUUUUCUUUUAAUACAAUUUUAUUUAUAUAGCUCCAUAACAAUACAAUUGUCUCUAGGAGCCUUUACAGAGCCCAGAGCCUGAACAACAAUUUAGUGUUUUAACUGUGAGAGCUGGGCAUGUAGCCCUGCCACAGCGUGAGAGUGUUCUGCACAUAAGGCUCAGAUCAGCAGCUGUUCAGGUGGAGAGCAGAACAGAACAGAACAGAACAGAGUCGAGCAGAGCAGAGCAGAGCAGAGCAGCUUCUUUCCAUUACUGUGUGCUCCCAGAUAGUAAUGCCAUCCAUCCAUUAUUCAUGCCCUGGUUCUAUAUUGUGUACAGUGGAUGCCGUGCAUUUGUACAUGUGUGAUAUUAAAUAUGGAUCGUCUGCACAGUAUUUUUACUUUGUGCUUCCCUCUGUGUUAAACAGUAAUGACCACGAUGUUAGAAGAGAGAGGGCCCGAGAGACUCUGUAAAAUGUGAUUUUAUUCUUUUAAAAUGGAUUUGCUUCCUUUCUAUAAAAAAAAAUAAAACCAUCACCAAACGA